AUGAAAAUAAUUUGUGUCGCAAGCGGAAAGGGCGGUGUUGGAAAGUCAACAGUCGCCUUUCUUCUGGCAAAGCAGGCCAGCAAGACGCACAGAACCAUUCUGCUGGAUUUUGACAUAUGCGGGCCAAGCGUAGGAGUGCUUAUGGACCAUACAACAGAGAAAGUCAUCAUGCAGGAAAAAGGCUUCAAACCCAUCCAAAAAACAGAAAGACUUUUCUAUCUAAGCAUUGCAGCCAUGAUCCCAAGUACAUCCGCAGUUGUAUGGAGGGCACCAAAAAAACUGUCACUUCUUAAGCUAUUCAUGGAGAGCGUGUCCCCUGCAGAGUAUGACUAUGUUAUUAUAGACAUGCCCCCGGGUGUAACCGAUGAACACGACUUUAUUUGCGAAAGUGUGCCAGAAGCAGAAAUCCUGAUUGUAACAACAUCCCAGAACAUGGCACUUGAUGAAGCAGCAGAAUCCAUAAGAAUGUUUCAGACCCGGGGCAUGCAUGUCCUCGGUCUCAUUGAGAAUAUGCGAACUCUUAGGUGCCCAAACUGCCAAAAUUGCAUUUCAAUGUUUUCAAAGAAAGGAGGCGAAUUGCUUGCAGAAGAUAUGUCCAUUAGGUACUUAGGACACCUAGACUACGUCUGCGAUAUUGACUCACAAGAAAAUCCAGCAGUUUCAGAUUUAAUGCAGAAAAUACUGCUUUGA